GUCCUGUCUGAGGUGCAGAGUAAUGUGGAGAAGGAGGGUGGAGGAAGCCAAGCGACGUGAUUGGCACAGAGAAGGAGCGUGUGAGCGGCCCGGUGACCCCACCCGCAGAGCUUUAAAGGCCGAGAGAUGGCAGCUCAGCAUCCUCCCACAUCCACAUCCACGGACACAGAGAGAGAAAGAGAGACAGAGAGAGAGGACGGAGCAGAGCACGCCGGGACCAUAUCAGGAUUUAAAGAAUAAAUUCAGUUAAAAUCAUGAAAUGAAAAAUGGACAAACGUGUGAAAACUUUGGAGAAGACGAUCUAAGAGGAAAAUAUUCGAGCGCUUUUGGGGAUUUUUCGCUUCUGAUAGAAGAGAGGUAAGUUUAGCCAGGACUCUGUAAAUUGGACCAUUUGGAAUCUCUACUUUUCUAAAUCGGUUAUUCGGCUUCAAAAACGUAAAUUAAAAAAAAAAAAAAAACGUGUUGCAUGUCUAUUUUAAAAAUGUUUGUGUUGAGUUUUGUUGUCAUCAUGAGUCCUGGUUUUAAAGCGAAAUCUGUCGAGCAGCGGUCCUAAACUAAAAAACAGUCAGCAAGGCGAUUGUCGUUUAGUCGACUACUCGGUUAAAAGUGUCCUGUCGACCUUAAUAGAGUUUUUUUUAAAAACAUUGAAAAAAAACUUUAUAAUCAAUCUGGCUGUUAAUUUGUAACAAACAGAUCAUUUUGGUAAAGGAACUUCGCUGGCUUUAAACAUUACCAAACAUCAUUUUUAUUUAUCCUUAAAUAUUCUUAAAGUUUUUGAAACUCUAUCAAACGCAUGUGAGCUGUGUCCUUCAGUCUACAGUAAAGGCUGUAACUCGUAAAUUCACGGUAAUCAACAUAAUGAGGUUUAAAGCAGAGCCUGAGGCUGAAUGAACAGAGAUAUGUUCAGGAUUUAAGCAGCACUUCUUUAAAGAAACAUCGAACAGAUUACACAAAUGCAGCCAGAGGCAGAGUCAGUGAAAUAAUAAUAAUAAUGCAGUAAAGCUGGUCACUGGCUAAAUAAAUUAUAGCAUCAGUCACACGUUUUGAACAGGAACACGCACACUCACGGUGUCAGGCCUGAUGAUAAAUUAAUUGCCUUGUAUAGUUGUAACCUAUUUGCACCCACAUUAGACAGGAGCCCGUUGGGGAUCCCACGUGCACAUUUCACCGACGACCUGUCACAUUUCCGCGAGCCCCCAGGCGUCAGACAGUGACCUAUAGGGACCCUCCACAGAUUGAAAUAAACGGUCCACGCCAGAGUCCGAGUUUGAGGCGGACAAAUAAAGCUGCCGAGGUUUGACACAGGCCUAGUUUGUAAAAAUUUGGCUUUUCAAAAUCAUCAUGAGAAUAUCUAACUCAUGUAUCCCGGGGAGCUCAAUAUAUGUCUGAAAAUUAUCACCAGGGAACCGAGCUGUCAUUGAAGAAAAUUAGACUGUAAGAAAAAAAAAAACCCUUAUUAAAAUUCUGUUUUAUUUUAGGAAGAUUACAAAGUCUUUUGAAGCCCACCUGCCAAAAUUAGAAUUGAUAAGUAGCCUACCUAUGCUUUACUAAAUACGACAAAAAUAAUAACAGCUUUCACAAAUACCGAUUAUUCUCGAAAUACACACCAAGGCCUAUAAAUAGAAAAAAUAAAAACAAAAAACAAAUAUAGAGUGGGCUUUAAGGUUAAUGAUUUCAUAAUAAAAUAAAAGGCAGCAUAAUAAUGAAACAAAAAAAGUAAACUGGCAUCUACAAAAUAAUAAAUAAUAUUCGGUCUCAAAAAUACAUUUUCAAUUUUAUAAAGUAAAAAAGUGGCCUAGCAAAUUAUUAUUUUUGUUAGAGUGUAAUAAUUAUUUUCCCCCACAUAUCUCAUUUCAUCAUCAUCAUUUUACAAUAGAAGUUGGCUUACAUUUUCGAUAUUGCGCAGAAUAUUUCUUGACCCUUUUUUUAACCUUAAGAUAUGAAUUUAAUAAUAAAAGUUAUCGUUGCAAAUUAAGAUUUUUAUCAACAGUUUGAACACUGCAGUGAGAAAACACUUAGUGAUUUUUAAAUGAGUUGUAGGCCUAACUGGAUGUAACAACAUGUCCUCAUUAUUAGUCUGUUUUAAAUGUCUUAAUAAGGCCUAUGGGGUCAGUUGUCCUUUACAUAGGAAGAAUAUUAUUAUAGUCCUAUGAGUGUCUGUUUUUGCCUUACCUGUUGUCAUAAAAAAAGAACACGAUUUCUUAUUAUAAUAUGACAACAGCGAUAGAAAUAAAAGUAAAUAAAAAAUUAAAUUAAAAACACGUAUUAUGUUCAGACAGUUCAUAUCUGCUGUGUUUAUUUCACUACAUGUUCCCCUUUGCUUACACAGCUCUUCAGUCAUGCAGCACUACGGAGUGAACGGCUACUCGCUCCACGCCAUGAACUCACUGAGCGCCAUGUACAACCUUCACCAGCAGGCGGCGCAACAGGCCCAGCACGCGCCGGACUACAGGCCUUCAGUGCAUGCCCUCACUUUAGCAGAGAGAUUGGCUGGUAAGAACCAGUAGCCCAUUUUGUUGUGUCGUGUUCAAUACACUUUCAAAAACCUUCAAAUGUUUUGAAAUCGUAAAAGUGACCUCAGGGGUGACCUUCGCUGUCCUUCAAUUAAACUGGGCGUGUUUUCUUGUUCCUCAACGGCUGUACGUUUCAAGAUAUCAUCCUUGAGGCCCGCUAUGGCUCCCAGCACCGAAAGCAGCGGCGUAGUCGGACAGCCUUCACCGCCCAACAGCUGGAGGCCCUGGAGAAAACUUUCCAGAAGACCCACUACCCUGAUGUGGUUAUGCGUGAGCGUCUGGCCAUGUGCACCAACCUGCCUGAGGCACGAGUUCAGGUGAAAACCCACUCACUGGAUUCAUUUUAUGUUGCACGUCUUUUUUUUUUCACCAGCUGAUUGUUUAUACAGUUAAAGUUGAAACUGGGGGUUUUAGUGAUUUUUUCUUUUAAAAUGAUGCAACAAGGUGCAGAAAAAUGUUUUGACAAAGCAGGGAGGGGAGAGUGGGGUAAGUUGAGCCACCCCCUGUUGCUUGGUAAUGGUAAAAGAAAUUGAUCAUGUGACCAAAUAUUUAGGAGAUGGGCAUCAAUUCAUGGAGUCUGUGAAGGUUAGAAGCACAUGGGUGAAGGGGUUAGACAUUUAUUUCCAAAAAACAUUUUUUCACUCUUGAAAGUGAAUUUAGUCUGUCGUAAGUUUUAUUAGAAUUGUGUUCAGACCAAAAAAGAUCAUUUUAAAUUUGUUUUAUACAUCAGUUGUGGUAUCUAUGAGCUACAACAUGAGGUCAAAAACAUAAAAGUCCAUCAUUUUAGCUUAGAUGACUAAUAAAGCCACAGUCAAGUAAAGAAGUCUGAUAAGAGGAUCAAAGUUUCAGUUCAGUUUGUUGAAAUGUGUUACUUUUGCUUUUCUAAAAUACAGCUGUGAAUGUUUUGAAUCACUUCGAGACAUUCUCAUGUUAAAAUGUUUUUUUUACAAAACAGCUUUUUAGCAGUUAUUUGCAAUAAUAAUGAAAAGAAUUAUUGUACCAGUUGAAUAGUGUAUCAUAGAUAAAAAAUACAUAUGAAUGUGAAGAAGUGACUGUUAUUUAUGGAGAGAGAAGGUGAGGGAGGGCUGGGGUGGAGAGUCGGGGGGGUAGUAACUUACUUACCCCGCUCCUACGGUCAACUUACCCCAUACUCAGGGUAAGUUGACCAUAGGAGACCACUUUUUUUGGCAUACUAUGUUAUCAAGACAGUUAUGUUUACACUCAUUCUGUUGGUUUUCAAGGAUGCAAAACAUCUUGAAAUAUCUGCAGAUACACUUGUAAGAGACAAAACUAGGAUUUCUUUGAUGUAGUGAUCCAAAAUAUGAAAAAUGGCUCAUCUUACCCCACUCUCCCCUACUAAGAGUUGAAGAAGUUACUGCUGGUCUUUGACUAAUGCUCUGAUCCGUCUAUUUAUCUGUCAUCUGUUAUCUAGGUCUGGUUCAAGAACCGUCGUGCAAAGUUUCGUAAGAAGCAGCGCAGCUUGCAGAAGGAGCAGCUCCAGAAACAGAAGGAAGCAUCUGGACCUGCAGAGGGCUCCACAGACGAUUCAAAGACUGACCUCAGCUCCAACAGCACCACCUUGGUUCCCGAAGCCCGCACUCCUCCCCCUCCCUCCUCCUCUUCCUCCUGUCACUCAGAGACAGAGAGGCUGGCAGCCGCCCGGCCGCAGCCUGGAGAAAUAAGUGUGGAAGUCAACGUCACCUCCCCUGAGCCAUCCGACAGCGAGUCAGCAGCAGAAGAUAACGCUGACAGAGAAGAGGACGAAAUGAGAGGGGAGACGAGGGGGAAGAUCAGGGAGGAGACGCAGGGAGAAGGGGGAGUGCAGCCAGGGAGCAGCUCUCCAUCCUGCAAACGACUGAGCCCCACGUCAGGUACAAAUCUCACAAUCACGUCUUUCAUUAUUUAACUGCAGGAAUCUAUUACUAAACUAAAGCUCACAAUUUUCCCCCAAACUAACAUCCUCUGCCUCUUCCUGUCCCUCAGACUCUCCCCUCAGCUCCCCAACUUUGCCCUCCUCCAGCAGUGCGACCACCGGAUUGGCGCAGAGCAACUCCUACGCCUCGUCUCCUCUCAGUCUCUUCCGCCUGCAGGAGCAGUUCCGGCAGCACAUGGCGGCCACCAACAACCUGGUCCACUACCCGUCCUUUGACAUGAGCACACCGUCCUCUCUGCCCUACCUAGGUAUGAACGUCAACAUGCCCUCCCCGCUGGGCUCACUGCCCUGCCAGUCUUACUACCAGACCUUGUCGCAGGCCCAGCAGGUGUGGAACAGCCCGCUGCUGCAGCCGGCGCCAAGCAGCCUCCCCGGAAGCCUCAACAGCAAGACCACCAGCAUCGAGAACCUCCGUCUGAGGGCUAAGCAGCACGCAGCCUCACUGGGAUUAGACACACUUCCCAACUAAAGCUUGGACUGCUCGGUGUAAAUGUAAAUGUUCACCCUCCAGUCAGGGCUGACCUUUUGAUGUAUGGGCGCUUUCGACAUGGGACAACUCUUGGUACCACUUCAGCUUCUUCCUGACCUCUCACUACCACCAAACCAAAACACUCCAAAAACAACCAAGACAAUAAAUCUGAGUAACUGCAAAAAGUGUCCAAACUACAAAUUAAAUGCUUUGUUGUUUCUCAUAUUUAAAAUGAACUCAAGUUCAAAACCAAAGCAUCACAACACCCAUUUUUUUGUUUGUUUGUUUGUUUUUGUUAUGGCACACACUAAGUUGGAGAAAAUGUUUAAUUCUUAGGCAUAGUCUUUCAGUUUUGGUCCUUGGGUUUUUAAUACACUCUUCCUUCUUGUCAUCGAAACGGCAUGCAGCUCAACCACGCCAAGCAACCAAAUCACUGAGAACAUCUACUUGAUGGACAUAAAGUCAAGAACCAGGCCUCAAAGUCUUGACCAAAAACUCCAACUUGACUGCAGUUGUGACUGAACCUUUGUGACUUUCCGGCCAGCAGAUCAAAGUAUCUUUGUCCUCGACUCCUCUGGCAGCAUUAAGCAAUUGUAAUGAUUCUUAUUUUGGCGUCAGCUUGAGUCCAGACAGGAGGUCUUGAACUGCUGAGCUUUCAGCGUCAUUCCAGGACAGGUAGAGGAUAUAAAAAUAUUCUAUAUUAAACCCCUAAAUGUGAACUAUGCAUGCACGCACCCCUCUGCAGCAUGGCUUACAGCCGCGAACCCCAGAAUGAAGGUCUUAUAUCAGAAAGACUCUGAUGACUCAAUUUAAUCCCAGGCCAAAUGUAUUUUUACUCUCCUUGUUUAAAGUAACAGCACUAAGCUCAGCAUUUAACAAUCCUUUCAGCGUUGUAAAUAUCUGUCAGUGUUUGCCUCCACCUGUCUGGCUACAGAGUAACUCCAUGUCUCCUUUUGUGUGAAGAAUUUCAAAGGAAGCAUCUGGUUUAUUUUUUUGGAUUCAGUGAGGGACCUCAGGAGAAAUAUGGGGAGGCACGGUGACUUAACAUGAACCCAGUUUGAUUUUACUCACUCGGGUGUUGGAUUGAACUCAGCAGAGUUGUCACUUUUUCCGAGCCAACGGCGUUUGGCAGAAAGACGCACAGGCCCAUUCUCUAUGUAUUAUGUCGCUGUAGAUUAAAGACAUGUAUUUCUCAAUUGUUUAAGAUGUAAGUAAUUUAUCUGUUCAAUGCAAGAGAAUAAAUCAAACAUAAGAAUGA